AUGCCAGCUUUGAAAGAUGCCGUCACGUCAAAUUUGACACUUGGCUCGGCCAUCUUAUUCCUCGUCACUGCUGGCGUGGUCUACAGAGUCGGCAUCGUCAUCUACAGGCUCUUCUUCCACCCCCUCGCCAGCUUCCCCGGCCCCAAACUCUACGCCGCAUCCCACCUCCCCUUCCUCACGCAGAACAUGCUCUUGGGCACCUUCACAAAAGACACCGUCAAACUCCACGAAAAGUACGGCCCCAUCGUCCGCAUCUCCCCCAACCGCCUCGCCGUCGACGGCUCCCUCGCCUGGUCCGAAGUCUUCUCCAGACGGCCCCAUCAGCCCGAAUACGAAAAGACAAUCGAGGCCUACGGCCUGCCCGGCCGCAUCGGCAUCUUCCCAGCCUACCGCGAUGACCACCGCCGCCAGCGCCGCCUCAUGGCGCACGCCUUCUCAGAGGGCGCCCUCACCGAGCAGGAGGGCUUCAUCAAGCACUACGUCGACCUGCUCAUCGCCCGCCUCGGCGAGCAGGCGCGCGCGGGCAACGUCCUCGACAUGACGCGCUGGUUCAACUACUUCACCUUCGACGUCAUCGGCGAGCUGGCCUUCGGCGACCCCUUCUACUCCCUCGAGAAGAGCAACUACCACCCCUGGGUCGCGAUGCUGUUCCAGUCCAUCAAGGCCGGCGCCAAGCUCAACUUCCUCUCGCAGUACCCCGUCCUGCGCCCGCUGCUCUUCUUCAUGAUCGACAAGAAGGACAUCGAGAAGAAGAUCGAGUCGGACAACCUGGCGCGCGAGAAGACGGACAAGAGGCUCGCCCUCGGCUCCGACACGCGCAAGGACUUCAUGACGUACAUCCUCCGCAACAACAAGGACGGGAAGGGCAUGAACCAUGAGGAGAUCCACGUCAACGCGCGCGCCCUCAUCAUUGCCGGUAGCGAGACCACGGCCACCGCACUCUGCGGCCUCACCUUCCAUCUGACACGUACGCCUGAGGUGUACCGUCUCCUGACGGAUGAGAUCCGCAACGCAUUUGCCAGCGAGGAGGAGAUCGACAUGAAGUCCACCGCACGUCUACAGUACCUACACGCCUGCCUCGAGGAGACUCUGCGGAUCUACCCCCCAGCCGCCGAGACGCCUCCCCGUAUCUCGCCCGGCGACUACAUCGACGGCCGCUUCGUGCCCAAGGGCACAUACAUCUCCGUGUACCAGUGGGCAACCCACCACUCCCCGCGCAACUUCACCGACCCGGACGCCUUCAAGCCGCAGCGCUUCCUGCCCGACGCGCACCCCCUCCACGAGGCCCGCUACGCCAGCGACAACAAGGCGUCCUUCCGCCCCUUCGCGGCCGGCCCGCGCGACUGCAUCGGCAAGAACCUCGCCUACGCGGAGAUGCGCCUCGUCGUGGCGCGCUUCCUCUGGAACUUUGACGUCGCGCUCGAGCCCGGCCAGGAGGACUGGGUCGCGGGCCAGCGGGCAUUUAACGUGUAUGAUAAGGGGCCGCUUUUGGUGAGGUUGAGGCCGAGGGAGCACAAGUUGGUUGGGGCUUGA